AUACUCUGCUUCGUGCGGGUUUAUCUCGGAGACGGAGAGAAAGGAGAAUGGGUAGGAAACCCAAAGCUGCAAAGAAUCAAGAAAAGGAACCCAUGCUGUUUUUAUCUGGGAAGUUUGAGAACAUGGAUUGUGGAAUUUUUCUUCAUCUGCUAAUUAGUGUUUAUGCUAGUGUAAGCCUGAACGUACAAGUCCACCUCAGGAGAGAGUGACUUCGCAGCCUGGAAAAAUAAAUCCUUCCCCAGAGAGAGUGGGAUCACAGCUUAAAAAAGGAAAUCCUUCCCCAGCCAGUAUGGAAACACGGUCUGAAAGCAGCAUCCCUUCCUUGGGGAGGGUGAAGACACAGCCUAAACAGCAAGCAGAGUCUUCCAAACCAUCAAAUCCAAAUAAAAGAGUGAAAUUCUAUGCUCGUGUUGUCAGGCGAUCUGAACGUAUCCAAAAUGCAGUUAUGCCUUCUCAAAACCUGGACAUUGAGCCUAUUGUUGAAGAGAUAGUUCUAAGUGAAAGUGAUAAAGAAGAUGACCCACCUACUCAGACUCAGAGGGAGCAAAAUCGGCCUGAGCCAACAACCUUUGGUGAAAAGAACUUGGAAGAAAAGGUUGAAUAUAUCAUACAACAAUUGGAAGCACAAGAAAAGGCCAUGGAAGCAUUGAAGUCUGAGUCAUCUAAGACAGAUGUCUCAUACAAAAAAUUGUAUAUAGACAGCCAAAAAAAGGUUGAAUCCUUGAGCGAAGAAAAUAAACAACUUUCCAUGAAGCUGGAAAUUGCUCUUGGAAAACUUGAAACAUAUGAGAACGGAAAUCGAGUUUUCUCUGAAGUGUUGGAGAAAUUGAAGGAUUUCAUCUUGGUUGCGAAUCUGACAAAAGCUACCGAGACUGCGUUUAAUGCAUCAUCUCAAGCAUUACGCAAUACCUUCCGUGCAGGUGAUGAUGCUCUUGGAUCCGGAAGUCGUGCAGUAAAGAGAAAUAAAACUACCUCCCAAAAUGAAAAGAACUGAAACUCGUCACAUAGUCUAGGUGGUUUGCCAAAUAUUUUGAGAGUACAUUUGUCUGAAUCUAGGGCGGUUUUGUUUGGUUAAAGUAGAGAUGAUGACUGGGGUGGUGGUACUAGAUUGCUUUGAGGUUGACCCGCAGGCGCUUUUGAUGUUUAACUUCCUUGGAGAACAUUUUGUUUGGUACUUCCAGAUACAGAGGACAAUGUCAUUCCAAGAUACGAUGUGCUUUUGAUGUUUA